UUCCAAGACGAUCAACACUGUUACUCCACGCAAUUCUGCAGACGCAGAGACGAUCGCGAAGGGGCACGCUUUACACCACAUCACAAAACGCAACAUUAUUUCAAAGAAAGUGCUGUACUUUAGAAACAUAAGAUUCUCGACCCCAAGAGCAUGAGUAAGUACUAAGUAAAAAACAACAACACUCAAUUACUUAGAGCACGAACAUCAAAUAGACAAAAACGAUGUAGAACCUAAAAUAUUUUCCAACAAAUUUCACUUUAACUAAAACUGUUACACGUGGAAUAUUCUAAAAACAACAUCUAUGAAACAAAAAUUAAAUAAUUCAAAUAAUUGUUCACACACGCGAACUCUAACCCCAAAGGGGAGACAGCACAACUUUUCUUUUUCGAAGUGAGUUAGAACCAAAAAUUCUAAAACGACGUAUUCCUUCCACGGUGAUUGACAUUAAUUAUUAGUUUUUGUAAGCUACUGAAUUUGAAAACCAUUCGCCAAUAGAAACAAUCAAACUAAUGUGUUUUACUUUCAAAAAGAAAAAAUCAACCUCCGAAACAGAAGGAGGCGCUGAUUCAUGAAUAAUGUAGUUGGCAAGCACCGGAAUUACAGGAAGAAGAAACAAGCGAGCUAAACAUGGAGCAGCGUGAAUCGUUGAAACGGCAAAUUGAUCUUCUUCAAAGUCUCAUCGAUCAGCAUAAGAGUGUCCAUGGCAACGCGCCAAGGCUUCCGGAGGUGGCAACAACAUCCAGAGGGACGGGCCACGGUGCCUCUGCAAUGAACCCGCCGAGCUCAUACGCUGGUCCGAGCCACGCUAGCUGGAGGAAGACUUACUCUCUCAAAAACAAGAACCCCGCAUCCACCGGCUCUAGCGCAGAACGCCAUUCAGACAGUCAGGUUUCAUCUCAGCGUGCACCGCGACCCGGCAUCCCCGGUGAAAAAAGUGGCACAUCCGAGCCUUCCGCUGCAUCGUCAAAGAUUGCGCCACACGAGGAAAAGGGACGAAGAGAAACUCUUACCACAGGGAUUCCAACUGUACAAAGACGGCCAAGGCAUCAACGGCUGGUUGAGGGUUCUUCCGAAAGGCACCCUUCAGCCAAAGCCAGCACCCUGACCGCCGGUUCUGUCAUUCCCCAGUUGCAGAAUCCGCCCUUUGUCAAAAGUCAGACCGACAGCACUGACGCCCGACAGCCGGACUCCAAACAAACGAUUGCCCAAGGCACCGGCUCAUCACCGCACGCUUCACCUUCUAAGCCGCUAAAGCAAACGUUCAAAAACCUUCCUUUGUCUCAGUCGAGCCAGGCCGCAGGCAGGCAACCUCAAUCCAAGUUCACUUGGGUUAGGAGUCAGAGUUGUCAAACCGGACCGAGUAGCUCCGUGGCUUCUCAAGCAAACCAAGACGUGAAAGUCAACUCGCCGCUUGGUGCGAAAGCUUCGGCUUCAAGCGCAAGCUCCCUCUCGUCCCCGGUCAGCAAGAGAGCCCCCGGCAAAAAGUCACGCAAACUGAGUCCACUCAUCACAGGCCCCAGGGCGUCCAAGUACAAAUGGGUUUCCUCCUCCGCUCGGGUCCAGGCGAAGAAUUUAAGAAAGUCGUCAUCGCCCAAAGCUCUGACCGGCGAGCAGAAAGCUGCGGAAAAGGGCGAAGCUCUGAAGAAACUCCAAUCGGGCUCCUUUACCGGGACAAAGGUUAAACGGGGAUUUGCAACGUCUUCCGCAAGUUCGUCAUCCAGUCGCUACCACUGGAAGGCCGGUGCUCCCGGGCCGCCCCUAGCUGUGGCGAGACGGGAAGCGGUGGCCCUCCGGAGAUCUUCCUUUGUUUGGGCAUCGGAAAAAAACAACCGAGGAGCAAAAAAGGGGCUCGCUUACUCCGGCCUACCACAGGGAUACUCGGUCCAGUCUUCACCCAACUCGUUCAAGCUUCGCAGCAGGAUGAAAAUCAUCAGGAGGUCGGCCACCAGUCCGAAUGGAAACGGCUCAAUGAAGGGAGGCCUCUUAUUGGCUGCGAAGCACUCGACACGGGGCCACGUGCACAACCUCGCGAGGAGGACGCCCGCCAGGGAACUCGUGUCCUUUGGGAGACACAAGUUGAGGCGACUCUCUCCGACUUCAUCAAGAACAAGUCCGGCCUUUUCCUUCCAUCGCGCUCCUGCCUCGCCGAGGAUUUGCCGAUGGCAAUACAAGCUGAUGAGCGCCGCGGGCCCCCCUGCUGCAUACGUUCUUCCCUGCCGCCAUGCCCUCUCCUGGAGAGCCAAGAAAAUCCAGUCAGCGAGAAGUUUCCUCCAGAGCCGUCAGAGAUCGUCUCUCAACCGAUACCCGACGCCCGCUCGCCACCGCGAAGAAUCGGCCAUGUGUUGGAUCCGGGGGCAUCUCUACCAAGUCUCGGCCAAUCGCUUGUCCCGAACCGUCUGCCGCCACACCUCGAUCAACCGAACAGGAAGAAGCUUUUCCCAAGUCUCUUCUGUCACUUGUGCCAGCAAUCACCCUUCCAGCCCUCGUCAUUUUGCCAGCCGUGCGGUCCAGCGCAGCCUCGCCAUCAUCAGGCAAGCUCGCCAAAGGAAGCAGAGGCAGUACUGCAUGUACUACAACCGUUUUGGCAAGUGCAAUCGCGGCGGCGGAUGUCCCUACAUUCACGACCCAGACAAAGUUGCCGUUUGCACAAGAUUUCUUCGCGGAACAUGCAAACAAGCAGACGGGGCUUGUCCGUUUUCCCAUCGGGUCGCCAAGGAGAAGAUGCCGGUUUGCUCCUACUUCCUGAAGGGAAUCUGCAACAACAGCAACUGUCCUUACAGUCACGUCUACGUUUCCCAUAAAGCAAAAGUUUGUGAAGACUUUGUCAAAGGCUACUGCCCCGAAGGAGAAAAGUGUAAGAAGAAACACACUCUGGUGUGUCCGGACUUCUCCAAGACGGGUUCCUGCCCUCACGGAGCUCGCUGCAAGUUGCAGCACCGCCAGCGUGCCAAACGGAGCGCGAGCGCCCCCAACCCUCAACCCCCCGAGAGGCCGCGCCUGUCGGCGGUCCUCGCGCGAGGCUCUCGGGACGCGCCGGACACGCCCGCCGCGAGCUCUCUGGCGCUGCCGUCCUUCAUCUCCCUCUCCAGCUCUCCGGAAGAGGCGGAUGUGCCGGAACCACCGCUAGCCAAGAAUGCACCAAACAAAGGUACCCGUCCGUAAAGAAAGUGCUACAAGUAUCAAACGUGACGCAAACAUUUUCCACCUCGUUUCGAUGUUUCCCCACCCC